ACAACUUUCUUGUUAUUUGCUAAUUUUGUGUCAUAUACCAUGUAGAAUGCGGAUAUCGAAUAUCUGCAAGCUAUAAGUUUUUGAUAAAGAGUAGUGUUCUGUUACAAAAUGGAGUUACAUGGAAGGAAUUAAUUGAAAUGAAGUUUUCAAGUUUCGCGAGAGCCAUGGACAUUGAUGCAAUCUGAUGUUUCGACCUGGAGUCUAGUCUUCAGAAUAUUUUUCAAUGGAGCUUGGAAACGCACCGAUUGGACAGUACAGGUCCCAUGACCCACCGAAGAACUUCUUGUUAAAGGUCAAGUUAUGGAGGGUAACAUCAAGUAGUGUAGUCCCAGCUGUGCGUCACCAGUCACUUCCUCUAUUGCAACAUGAAGAAGGAGCUGAGCCUGCAAGUGAAGCCAUUGAAAUGGCUGAUAGAGGUCCAACAAAAGAAGAAAACAGAGUGGAAGAAGUGCAAAUUAGAUGGCAGGAGAAGCUUUUUUCAGAGAGGGAAAUCAAGCAUUAUGAAAAUCCUCUUAACCAAAUGUCUGCUCUGGAUCAAAAGUACAGUGAAGAUAUUUCUAAAUUAGUUGCUGGAAAGGAAAGAAAGAACAAGAGAGUUUUUACUUAUGUUGAUGCUGAUUGCCAUAGAGUUGAUGCUGGUGGUAUUUUCAGCAAGACAUCAGAUUAUAUGACAACAAGCCCGGAUGAACAACCAACAUUUCUCAUGGAGAAAAUGUCUCAGCUUAAUCUUAUGAGUGUUGGACGAAGGAACCUCCCGGGAGCUGAUCAGCAUCCUCAUAUCGUCGAAGAAGUCCCUUCGAAGCAUGUUAAGGACAGUCACGUUAUAACCACUCCAAGCAAGCUCAUGUACAUAAUGGCGGACCUUAGUGCUGAUGACCAAGUUGGUACAAGGGAUGAUGAAUAUGUUCUUUGUGUCCUUAAGAUUGAUGCCAAUGGACAAAUUACAAUUAAACCUGACUUAAGCAAAAGCAUUCCUUACAGAAUAGAAACAUUUGAUCAAGCCAAGGAGAUCUAUGAAUACUUUAUAACUGAUGUAUCACAACAGAUGACGAAUGCUGAAAAAACCCAAGAAUCAAAUCUCCUUAACGAGCUUUACGACCGACACGCGGAAGUGAUGACAUCACAGAGUGGAUUGGAACUGUACCCUCAGCCUGCCUUGGAUGAACUUAUUUAUUAUAUUUUUGGAGAGAUAGUAUGCGCAAAGAACUUUGAAUGUGAUGAUUUAUUUGUGGAACUUUUCGUCGAUUUACCACCAAACUGGCGUUCCCUAAGGAAACAGACAAGCUGGACCACUCAAAGAUGUUCUAUAAAUUCUGACGAUGUGAUUCAUUUUUCAUUCCCCUUUGAACUGCAGCUUGUUUUCAAAUACCCAGAGGAUGAUUCGGAGCCGUUUGUGACCUGGCCUACGCUGUUUUUCGAAGUUGUGUCAUGGGACUCGUGGCAAAGGUAUCGAAAGGAAGGAUACGGCUACAUUACAUUGCCAAGCAGUGCAGGAAAUCAUUUGGUAGAGGCCCCUACAUGGAGGCCUUGUGGAAAUGAUACUGCGCAGCAGAUGAGAAGAUUCUUCACUGGCGGUGCUCCUGAACUAGAAGACAUUGAAUAUGUUAAAAUUCCGCCUGAAUCCGAGGGGAAUUUUUUAAGCAAAUUCGGCUUCAAAACCUGCUCCAGUGGUGUGGUUACCGUACGAAUGCACACAAUAUUACAACACAGGGCAUCGAGGACCACGAGAAGGGGAAGAGGUGCUCUCAAAAAAUUUAAGGCCACAGCCGGAGUAUUGAUGGCAGUGGAUUCUCUCUCAAGUGUUCUCGAAACGUUUCAUCGUGCCAAGCGAAGAAUGUUAGCCGCAAAAUCGACCUUGCCUGUGAUAACAUGAACACUUUCAAAAGUGACGUCAUCAAAUUAAUAAUUUUCUUGAGACGCAAUACGUCAGAUGUCAAAACUCUUGAUGCCAGAUUACAGAUGCCAGAGUAUCCUUAUUUCGAACUGAAUCAGCAUUCUAGAAUGGAUUUCAUAAAGUCGAAAUAUAUCUUGCUGAUAUGCACAUACGAAAGUAAUGAUGUCAUUUUGAAAGUUGGUGUUUUUGGCCAGAAACCCUGUUAAAUAUGGUUGAUGGUACAAAGAACUGUUAGAAAAACUCAUUGUAUAUUUAUUAAAGUUGUUGGAAAGAUUUGAUCCAGAGAGAAAGCUAAGUUCAUGUAACUAUUUCCACUUCAGUUUUAUAUGCAUUUAUAUGUUUAUUGAUAA